CUGGCUGAGGGCUUCCCUGGGGACUCGCCACAGGGAGGGCGCCGCGGAGGCCGCCCUAGCUGCCCUCCCAUAGUUUGCCUCGCUCAUUCGCCUGCGAGCUCUCUGUGGUGUUGGCAACGACAUGUGGCGCCUCCAGGGACUCCUGGGCCGAGCUCUUCCCCGUCUGCUGGGGCCUGGCCUUCGGGGAGUGACCCCCAAGUCCACCAGCCCAGAUGGGCCUCAGGCCACCUCCUCCACCCUGCUGGUCCCUGUGCCCAGCUUUGACAGGUCAGGCCCCCACGGCCCAGGCCCAGGAACAAGCAGGGGCCCAAGGUCUCAUGGAUGGAAGGAUGCCUUCCAGUGGGUGUCUGCCCGAGUCUCGCCGGGCACCUUAUGGGAUGCCGUAUCAUGGGGCACUCUGGCCGUGCUGGCCCUGCAGCUGGCAAGGCAGAUCCACUUCCAGGCGUCCCUGCCAGUGGAGCGCGGCUCUUGGCGCCGUCCCCUGGACCGUUUCCUCUCGUCUCCCUCGUGGCACCCGUGCUCCUCACUGCGGAGGCAUGUUCUCCCCAGCCCUGACGGCCCAGCAGCUCCCAGGCACACUGGCCGCAGGGAACUCAGACUGGACCAGGAAGAACCCUCCCCUCAGCCCGAGGGCCUCUCACACAGCUCCUUGAGGGCUGCUGGUCUUCAGGAUCCCCCUGAGGAAGAUCCCAGUGAUACCGGCUUCCUACAGGCCAGCGGUAGCUUUAAGUCCAAGGAAAGCCCAGCCCAGCCUCAGCCCCCUGGCGAAAAGCAGGAACAAGAUCAAUCAAAAACUCUUUCCCUUGAGGAGGCUGUGACUUUGGUUCAGAAGAUUUUCCAGCUCAGUGUUUCUAUUGCCUUCAACUUCCUGGGGACAGAGAGCGUGAGGAAUGGGGACCACGCGGCAGCCUUUUCUUACUUCCAGAAAGCAGCACACCGUGGCUACAGCAAAGCACAGUACAACGUGGGCUUGUGUCACGAGCAUGGCAGAGGCACCCCCAGAGACCUCAGCAAGGCAGCCUUUUAUUACCAGUUGGCUGCCAGCCAGGGCCACAGCCUGGCUCAGUACCACUAUGCCAGGUGCCUGCUGCAAGACUCAGCCUCCUUGUGGGGCUCUGGGCAGCAGAGGGCAGUGUCCAUGCUGAAGCAGGCUGCAGACUCAGGCUUGAGAGAGGCGCAAGCUUUCCUCGGGGUGCUUUUCACCAAGGAGCCGUACCUGGACGAGCAGAGAGCUGUGAAGUACCUUUGGCUUGCAGCCAACAGUGGGGACUCACAGAGCAGGUACCACUUGGGAAUUUGCUAUGAGCAGGGUCUUGGUGUGCAGAGGAACCUGGGAGAGGCUGUGAGGUGUUACCAGCAGUCAGCGGCUCUAGGGAACAAGCCUGCCCAGGAGAGACUGCGGACCCUGUUGUCCACGGAGGCGGCAGCCCUGGCACCCAGGGACCUGGCCCUUCCGGGACUGAAGUCCUUCUCCAGCCCCUCCCUCUGCAGCCUGAGCUCUCUGCUGACAGGGGCCUCACGCCUCCCGCACUCCUCAAGCACAGGGAACCUUGGCCUUCUCUGCAGAGGUGGGCGACUUGGAGCCAGCCCCGGAGCCCCCAGCAGGGCUGUGCCCCCAAACUCCUACCCCUUGGGAAGGAGUGUCGUCAGACUGGGCUUUGGCUAAGACCUCCUCACUGCGGUCCUAAAGAUGGAGCCUGUGCGUUCUCAGAGGGAUACCCCAACUUAAAUCCCAAAGAAGAGGCCAGUUAUCCACUUACCACCCCAAAAACCUUACACACUUGUCCCAGCCCAGCAAAGAAAAGGCAAGUGUGUGAAGACCUGCGUCCUGGCUGUGUCGCCUUAAAGCAGGGACCUGACUCAUGCAGCGUUUCCUCCGCUGUAGACCAAGGGCAGUGGCGGCCGCCCUCCGGCCUCGCAGGGUUGAUGUGGGGCAUUUCGCGGGGGAAAGGACCUUGGUGCCCGCGGAGGCAGAGUGAUGCCCAUGGUUACAUGGCUCUAUGAGUUGUCAGGCCAGGAGAGGAUGUACGUCUCCCGACGCCUGGCCCAAGGCUCUCGUGCCCCAGUUCACCCUGUAGUUUCACGGGAAAGCAGUAUUAUCGUUCUGUCGACGUGGGCGUAGAUAGAGAUGGAAUGCGUGGGCCAGGGUGUGGAUUCUGAGGUCCUCGUCUGUGCAGAGUGCCGGAGUGGGUGGGAGUUUAAUAAAACAGGAACUGGAUUGUCUCAUCACUCUUGCCCUUGAGUGUGUUGGGGAGAGCCAGGGAGAUGGACACGGGGAGCUGAAAGCGGAGGCUCCAUCCUCAUCUCUAAACUGUCCAUUAACCAAUUUAAAGGGUCUUAAAAGCUUCUCUAAGAGAGAGACUUAGAAAAAAAUGAUUUCUGAGUCAACGCUAAUGACUCCAAUUACUGAAUUUGUGAAUAGCUGUUCCUGGCUUCUGGAUGUGAGCCCAAGUUCAGAGGCAUAGAUGUGGUGGGUGGGGGUAGGUGGGGAGGGAUUGAGGAUCCAGCCACCCAGUGACUGUUCAUGUGGGAAAGACCACCCGGCUUGGCCAGUUCAAGGGUGAGAGGAGCUGGGGUGCAUAGUUGUCCACCCUUCCCUCUCUGCCACUCCCCACUUUCUUUCCCCAGGCUCCAGCCAUCCUGCCACACUUCCAGCACCUUCCUCCCACCCGUGCAGCCCUAAGCUUCUUCGAGCUCCAGUGCAUCCCCUGCCGCCUGCUCACUUUCCGGGGCUGCCCUGCGCCCUGACCUCACCCGCACUGCUCCCCCACUGUGGCUGCCUCCCACAGUGCUCCCUGGGAGCGGGAACCCUGUCUUCUUUGUAUUCCAGUAUCCUCAGCACUUAGCACAAGACCCCACGCAGGAGGGGCUCGAUACUGUGUUGGUUAAGGCUCAGGUUUUUAAGCUGUGCAGUGCACUAAUCGCUCUGCAAAAAAAAAAAAGGUAUCUGUGGUCAGAUAAGUUUGGGAAGCGCUGUACUAGACAUCCCCUUUUUAUAGAUUCACAGUGCAUGUCAGCGUAUUCAAGGCUCCAAGAAGUCCUGUAGUGAAGGACUGGAUUAACCCAGGGUUGCCCAACCGCCUGCAGACUGCCCAGGAGCCUUCUCGGGCCCCCUCUGUCCCCUGCCACCUGCUGCUGUCCCCUGGAGGACCACUCCUCGUGCCCUCCCACUGUCAUUCUAGAUCCCCUCAUUACCAUUUCCUCCUGACCAUGCCUGGGGCCAAGGGGCAGCUGGGACGGUCCCGGGACACUGGGCGUCCUGUGGUGAUGGCUUUCCCUCCCCGCCAGUCAUUACAAGUUAAGUACUGGUUCAAUUCGGGGUGCCGAACGUGGGGGUAGGAUAUAUUCAAGCUUUUCUUGUGGAGAGGGUAGGAUGGGAAAUUUCAUGAGAGAGAUGCUGUCAAGGGACUAGAAGUCCCUGGCUGUUCAGUCACUGUGGUUCCAUCCAGCCCCAGGGGACUGGCUUCAGUGGCAGGCCCUGGGAAGUGCUGUGUUUUUUGCCAUUAAAAUGCCAUUAAUAAUGACUCACCAUCAGUGCUCUGGAAGGAAAUGUGACUGAGGACAGGGAGGUGGCCCCAGUGAGCAGGGCCAGCUUGGGUCAGGAUACUGGUUGACCCAUGGCUUGAGGCCUGCUUCCCUGGGCAGUGAGACCUUUGUGCAAGCUCUGCUGCCUCGGCCACCUUAUCCGGAGGUGGUUCCAUACUUGUCAUCUUCUGUGAUGCUGAUUCAGUGCAGGGCACUUAGUAAUUGUUCAGUAAAUAUUUAUUCAGUGAAUAAGUGAUUCUAUGCAUUGCCCCCUCUCCACCCAGUGCCCAGCACAUCGGGACAUUUUUACCAGUAAGUACUUUAUAUAUUUGUUGAGUCAUUCUGUAUAAUCCUACCCCCUACACUGCUAUUCCUAGUGUUAUUUCUGACACAUACUAAUUGCUCAAUAAAUACAAAAUGCUUUG